AUGACCACAAGACGGAGCACCACGGACGACACGGCCAGCGCACCACUCCUCCCCUCGUCGCAGCACGAGCCGCUCGAGGCAGUAACACCACUCGUGAUGGUUCGACAGGAGAACCUCUCCCGACCGGCGUUUGGGGUUCAAGCCUCUGCGCUGCUCUUUGUGGCUGUCGUAUGGUCGCUUGUUUUCUCCACCAUGUCGAUCACCUCGCUGCCUCUCUUUGGGUAUCACCCCUUGAUUCAGUCGUUUACAAUUCUACUGCUGUUGCAGGCGAUAGUAGUUCUUCAACGCACAACCCCACAACAGGGAGAGCGCAAGAAACAGGCGUUUAGCGCACAUCAAUGGUUGAACCUCCUCCUCGUCCUCCCCCUCUUCACUGCAGGAGCAAGCAUCAUGUGGUAUCUCCACGACCAACCUGGUUCCGGGCACUUUCUCUCAUACCACGGCAUACUGGGCACCUUCGUCGUCGUAGCAGCGUGGAUCCAGGCCGCUCUGGGCGCAGCAAGUGUGUGGUGGAAAGGCAAACUCGUAGGUGGCGAAGCAAAGGGAAAGGCCUUGUGGAAGUGGCAUAGACUCAGCGGGUAUGUGGUGGUGAGCCUGUUUUUGAUCACAGCGGCCCUCGGUGUCCUCGAAACCACCUGGGGCUGGGGCAAAAGCGGCGUGCUGCAGAAGACAGGCGUCGCAGUCGCUCUGCCCCUGGUGGGAUUCGCACUGCUGAUCCGCGUGCAAAGGAGCAAGUUGCCAAAGCUGUAG